AUAUAACCUUUAUUACAAGUUGAUAACCUAUGAAUGAUUCUAGAUUAUUUGGUAUAAAAACAGCUCGUCGACGGCAAGAGAAUAUAUUCCGGUUCAGUUUGCGUUCUCGAAAUGCUCAAGCUCGAAGUUAAUUUUGUGAUCGCCGCCUGCCUUCUUUUUGGGAUGGCACGUUCGGAGUCCGUUUGUGUCCUGACAAAUGCCCCACUUCAAUGUGGCUCAUUCUGUCUAGCUGCAUUGCAUCCAUUGUACGAUAAAGUUCAGCAGAUCCAAGCUGAUCUGGCCAAAACGCAUUGUUGUAAUAAUGAUACGAAUAUCUGCGAAGACCUUCGAAAGCAACUCUUGGACUUCAAUCAAGAUUUUCGCCAGCAGUUGAAUGGCAUUUUUGCUACCCUAAGCGAAACCUUAAUGAGAGUUAAAGGUUUGGAGGAAAACCUAGAAUGGAUCAAUCAAAAUAUAGUUCCGCUUGGCUAUCAGCAGAUUGGAUCUAGAUACUUUUAUGUAGAAAAUAUUGAAAGAAAAAAUAGGGCAGAUGCGGAAAGGUUUUGUCGUCAAAAGAGGGGUCACCUGGCUGCCUUUCAAAACUUAGAAGAGUUCAAUGCCGUGAAAGCCUUAAGCAGACGUGAAGCUAAGUACUGGCUGGGACUGACUGAUGAGGAAAACGAGGGCCACUUUGUAAGUGCAACCGGGAAAGUUGGAUCCUAUAUGCAGUGGCAUGGCGGUCAACCUGAUAACUACCAUGGCCUGCAGCAUUGUGUUACCCUGGACAAGGGCCUCAUGGAUGAUUUGGAGUGCUCAUAUCCAACGAAUUUUAUUUGUCAGUUGGGCGAUCAAAUGUAAGAGUAACGAAAGAAAAUCUUUGAAUGGAAAAAUUGAAUUCUUUGUAAAAAAUAUUGCUUAAAAGUUUGACUUUUUUAUGCCCUUUUUUAAAAUUUAGUAAAAGUUAUUUGUUAAUGCUGAAAUUGUAAUAAAACGUAUUUUAUCUUUGGUUUGACUUGCAUAA